UCCUGGCCAAGGUGAUCCUGACUGUUCCAGGAGGGUGCGUGUGGGGAAGACAUCCUCGAGAACGUUCGUGUUGAGGACGGCUGGAGCGAGCGCCGGCGUCGGCAUACUUUGUCAGCACUGGGCUGUCCUUUGGCAGGAAAACUAAGAAAGGAAAUGGCUGUGGAUUUGCUGGCUCUUCGAGGGACAGAACCUGUGACAUUCAGGGAUGUGGCCGUGUUCUUUGGCCAGGAUGAGUGGUUGCAUCUGGACUCUGCACAGAGAAGCCUGUACCGGGAGGUGAUGCUGGAGAACUACAGCAACCUGGCCUCACUGGGGAUCCAGGCUUCAUUGCCUCGGGUGAUUGGCAAACUGCAGAAAGGACAAGAUCCCUGCAUGGAAAGAGAUCUUGAAGACACCUGCCUAGAUUUCCAGAUUUGGCCAGGGGUAGAAGCAUUGACUCCCAAACAAGACGUUUUUAUUGAAGAAACAUCUCAUGGGCUAGUAAAGCAUGAAUCCACUAAGGGUACUCACUGGGAAACCAACUUUGGAGAAGUUGUGAAAUCUGAGAGCCUAACAGCACAGGAACAAGAAAAGAAAGUUUAUGAGCAGAGGGUAGCUUUACCCAAGGAAACUCUCGGUGAAGACGGAAACUCCACUGACCCUGAGCUGGGGAAACCAUUGUUUAGAAAUAAAGCGCUUGUCUCACAAGAGAGUGAUCCUCGAGAAAGGGUACCUAGUAUGUUUGACACUGUGGAGAAAGAUUUACCACAGGAUUUUGAUUUAAUGAGGAGCUUCCAGAUUUACGCAGGGAAAAAACCUUAUGUCUGCAGUGAAUGUGGAAAGGGUUUUAGCCAAAGUCUUCAUCUUCUUGAGCACCAGAGAAUUCACACUGGCGAGAAACCUUACAAGUGUAAUGAGUGUGGGAAAUGUUUCAGCCAUCGAUCUUCCCUCCUGGCUCACCAGAGAACGCACACUGGAGAGAAGCCAUACAAAUGUAGUGAGUGUGAGAAAGCCUUCGGCAGCAGCUCCACACUUAUCAAACAUCUGCGGGUGCACACUGGAGAGAAGCCAUACCGUUGCCGGGAGUGUGGCAAGGCCUUCAGCCAGUGUUCAACCCUCACAGUGCACCAGAGGAUUCACACUGGGGAAAAGCUCUAUAAAUGUGCUGAGUGUGACAAGGCCUUUAAUUGCAGAGCAAAGCUUCACAGACAUCAGAGAAUCCACACAGGUGAGAAACCCUAUAAAUGUGCUGAGUGUGGGAAGGGCUACAGUCAGUUUCCAUCCCUAGCUGAACAUCAGAGACUUCAUACUGGAGAACAGCUUUGCCAAUGCUUACAGUGUGGGAGAACCUUUACACGUGUCUCUACCCUUAUUGAACAUCAGAGAAUUCAUACUGGACAGAAACCAUAUCAAUGCAACGAAUGUGGGAAGACCUUCAACCAGUAUUCAUCCUUCAAUGAACAUCGGAAGAUUCACACUGGGGAGAAACUUUACACGUGUGAAGAAUGUGGGAAAGCCUUUGGCUGUAAAUCAAACCUUUAUCGACAUCAGAGGAUCCAUACCGGAGAGAAACCCUAUCAGUGUAACCAGUGUGGAAAGGCGUUCAGCCAGUAUUCAUUCCUAACUGAACAUGAGCGGAUCCAUACUGGAGAGAAACUCUACAAGUGUAUGGAGUGUGGGAAAGCCUAUAGUUACAGGUCAAACCUUUGCAGACACAAAAAAGUUCACCUUAAAGAAAGGCUCUAUAAAUGGAAAGAAUACGGUACACCUUUUAUCUAUGGACCAUCCCUUACUCCAUAUCAGAAAUUUCUGAGGGCAGACAAGCCUGAGAAUUUUAAUUCAUCUCUCUAAUCGAAGACAGCAACCAGAAGAAUAAUAACUAGAGUAAAAGUCAAAAUAGGUU